AUGUUCAGCAAGUCACUGUUCUCUUUUGUGAAUGAGUCUUUGGAAUAUAAUGCAACUGAGAAUAUAACAGAUUAUAAUGAGUCCCAUUCUACAUUCCAAGACAACUGGGUAUUUAUCACAACCAUCAUUGCGCUUCUCCUCUGCCUUCCUGGACUUGUAGGGAAUGGAAUUGUCAUUUGGCUUCUUGGYUUCCGUAUUAAAAGGACUCCCUUCACCACAUACGUUUUGAACCUCUCCAUUGCAGACUUUGCUGUGCUCAACAAUGAAUUUAUUGGUGAUAUAGGUUAUCUUUUUGGCUUGAUUACUCCCGACAUUUUUCAGGAUUACUACGCUUCCAUCUACCAUGCCAUCUUUCUAUUUACAUACACUGUUAGUCAGUACCUCAUGACAAUCAUCAGCAUUGACAGAUGUGUGUGUGUCUUCUUCCCACUUUGGCAUCGAUAUCACCGACCACCACAUUUAUCCACCACUGUGUGCGUCAUUGUAUGGAUCCUCAGCUUCUUAUCUACUGCUAUAGGUGUCAGUCUCCAUUUCACUGGAUAUACUAUCGUAAAAAUUGUACAUUUUCUCUUUAAUGCUGUGGUUUGCAUGCCCAUCAUGUGUGUUUCCACUAUAGCCAUUUUUAUUAAAUUCUGCUUAAGUCCACCCCAAAGGAAGAUGGGAAAACUGUUAAGAACCAUUUGGAUCACACUUUUCUUCUUCCUCCUUUUGGCUUUUCCAUUUAAUAUAACUCAUAUUCUUUAUCUAUCCCUUCUUAAAAAUAAGUAUGUGUAUGGAUAUGGAGUCAUGUGUGCCUUGUUAAACAGUGCCAUUAACCCCAUGAUCUAUUAUUUGGUGGGAAGAGAUAAAAGAGGGAAAUCCAGUAAUCAAAUCAAUAAAGUGUUUGAGAAACUUUUCAAGGAAGAGGAAGACUCUAGAGAGAAUGAGGAAAUCUGAUCCCAAACAGUUAAAAGUUGGUCAUUCAUAAAUGUAUAAGAAAAAAUGGAUUGUAGAUUGAGUAAUAUUUAUAAAGUUUUAUUUGCUUUGAAAAGUCAAUGAGAUAUAUACACUUAUUUCCAAAGUAUGCAUUGUAAUGUUCAAUCCCAUCUAGCUUUCAAAGACUAAAGCCUUUGUUAUUAACACAAGGAAGAAAUAGAAAUAGUUAAGUCUAUGGCUUAAACUUAGAGUUACUGGAAUUCUUGUCGACCCAAAGGUCAGCAGUUCAAUCCGCGGGUCAGGGUGAGCUCCUGCCAUCAGCCCUAGCUUCUGUAUACCUAGCAGCCUGACAGCAGCAAUCUAAGUAGAUAAAUAGGUAGUGCUUCAGUGGUGUGCUCAAAGACACUCCUGAAAAAUAUGCCUGCUACAUCAAUCAGGAAGGCAUCUAUGAUAUCAGUCUCCUUAGCAUGGAAAAUAGAGCAACAGCACCUCCCCAUGGUCAAGUUGAGCACAGCCUCCAGAUGCCGGAGAUGAAAACGCGGGCAGCCUUGCCUCCAUGUAUUGUCUGUCU